AUGUGGAACCGGUUGUCUAGACUUCAACGCACAAUCAUCUGUGCAAUCCUGGUGGUGGGAGCGAUGUCAGGACUCUACAUAGCCAACGGGCUCGUCAACGAGUUACCAGAUGACAAGGACACCUUAUCACAACAACAUCAAGUCUUUCCUAAUGAAAAUGUUGUUCAUGUGAUGGACCAACGACACCCAGACAAGGAUACAGAAGGACAUCAAAGACUAGAUAGUGAUGAUGAUAAAGACAAGGAAGAUAAAAGGUUGCAUUUUGAACAGCAGGAAAGACAUGAGAGAAGGAAAGGAAAUGUGGAAAGGGAGGAAAAGGCACAAAUUAAACCAAAGAUUGCUGAUGCUGUCAGGCAGCCUGAGGUUAAAGGUCAGAAGGAGAGCAUUGUGGGUAACCAGGAAGAGGAUGAAGGGAUAGGGGCAGCAGGGGGGGAGUUGGAGGUAAAUGAAGAAAAGAAGACCGAUGUGCAAGUCCCAGACGGUGCAGAUGCUGGAGCAGAUGUAAAGGUGCCCGUACCCGACAUGGGAGACAGCAUGGGUUCACAGACUGCCCAACAGAAGGCAGUAGUGGAGGCUUUUAAGCAUGCCUGGAAGGGGUACAAGCAGUAUGCCUGGGGUCAUGACGAGCUCAAGCCUAUCAGUAAGGCUGCCAGUGAUUGGUUUGGGCUGGGACUGACCAUUGUGGAUUCACUGGACACCAUGUGGAUCAUGGGAUUGAUGGAAGAGUUUGAGGAGGCUCGGAGGUGGGUAGAAAAGGACCUGGUCCUGAAGAAGAAUGUUGAUGUGAACCUGUUUGAGACGACAAUCCGCGUACUCGGAGGACUACUCAGUGCCUUCCACUUGUCCAAUGAUCAAAUCUUUCUAGAAAAAGCUAGAGAGUUAGGGGACCGCCUGAUGCCGUGCUUCAACUCUCCGUCCAAAAUCCCGUUCUCGGACGUGAACCUGGAGUCGGGGAAGGCCCACCCGCCGCGCUGGGGGCCAGACAGCACCACCUCGGAGGUCACGUCUAUCCAGCUGGAGUUCAGGGAACUCAGCCACCAGACUGGCAAUGACAAGUACAAGAAAGCAGUAGAUGAAGUGAUGGAGCAUAUCCAGUCCCUCCCCAAGGACAAUGGACUCAUCCCCAUCUUUGUCAACGCCCGCUCGGGGCAGUUCCGAGCGGGAGCUACCAUCACGGUCGGGGCCAGGGGGGACAGCUACUAUGAGUAUCUCUUGAAGCAAUGGCUGCAAACUGGGAAAUCAGAAGACAAACUCAGAGAUGAAUAUGUGACAGCCAUAGACGGGAUGCAGAAAAACCUGGUGAAGAGCACUGCUGCCAAUGGUCUCAAGUUUAUAGGAGAACUGGUCAGGGGAACCUUCUCUCCAAAAAUGGACCACCUUGUGUGCUUCUUACCUGGAACCUUGGCACUGGGACACCACAAUGGUCUGGACGCCUCCCAUCUAGACCUGUCCAAGGAGCUGGCCAAGACAUGUUACCGCAUGUACGCAGACAUGCCCACUGGACUCAGCCCAGAGAUAGCUUACUUCAACAUCAAGGAUCCAGGCAAACCAGAUAUUGAAGUCAAGAGUGCCGACACUCACAACCUGCUGAGACCAGAGACAGUGGAGAGCCUGUUCUACCUCUACAGACUGACAGGAGACAAACAGUACCGGGACUGGGGAUGGAAGAUCUUCCAAGCCUUCGAGAAGUACACCAAGGUUCCUUCAGGAGGCUACUCAUCUAUAGGCUCUGUCAAAGACACCAAGAACCCAAGAUUCCGGGACAAGAUGGAGAGCUUCUUCUUGGGAGAGACUUUGAAGUACUUGUUCUUGUUGUUUAGUGAUGAUCCGAACUUGUUGCCACUGGACAAGUAUGUGUUUAACACAGAGGCACACCCACUGCCUAUAUGGAGACCCUGAGGACUGUUGAAAUGUGGGUCUCCUUUUUCCUUCCCACUGAUACAAAGAUGUCAACAUGUCCUUCCCACCUGAGUUUUACAAGGACUUGAGCAAAAACUUAAGCUUUUGGCAAUGUUGGAUCGUUGCAUUACCAUUGGGGCAUGCAGUGGACCAGAAAGAUGCUGAGAUUGCUGCCAGGAUGAAUUGUCCAAAUGUUGUUUUUGCCCAUCCACUUUUUUUUCACAUUGUAAAUCUUGCGUACAUAGCAAACAUGCGUGCUUCCUAUAAAAUGGCACGCAUUUGUUGUCCUCAGCAUUUGUUGGCAUUUUCAAGGAAGAGAAGUAGUAGAGGGGUAAAGACUCAGGUAAAUGUGUGUUACUUAGAUUAUCAUGCUUCUCUACAGAGUGUUGUUAUAGGGAGUCUAUGUGAGACUGGUGUCAAGGUAUGCUGCUACUGUUUCAUGUCUGCUUUGAUAUUCCACAAGUACAUGUUGAUGUUGUCAAAUUGAUUUUUAGUUAGAUGUGAAUAUUGUCAAUUUUGAUAGUUAAGAAUAGCCUACAUAGGAUUUGGGUACUUUAAGGAUCCUUUUCUUGGUCUGCCCAUCAUGAAUAUGUCUUGCAAUAUUUGCAAAGGAAAAUGUAGCAUCUUACUUAUAUAGUUCUGAGAGACCAAGAAAGUCCAUCCACCAUUAAUCUAAUCUUUGCAAUUACAAAUGUAUUUGGUCAGCUUGUACAGUUGUUACUUGUAUCUCUGAAAGCAAAGUUAUGUGGCAAAGGACAAAUGCAAUAUUUUAGAAAUAUUGUUUAUAGCAAUAUACAUGAAGUUCUGGAUGCAAGGGAAGUGCAAGGAAUGGUGGGCAAAUGUAACUGUGCAAACAAGGAAAUUAUCAGAGAACAUAUAUGAACAUUUAAUACAGGCUAUAAAAAAACUGGGAACGGAUGGUUUAGAGCAUAGAGAAGCAACAAUUUUAUACCAGUAUUCACCUACACCCAGACUCUUCACUGUCUGUAUGUCAGUUCAACAGUAUUUACCACGUGAUAGUAUGGGCUAUACACAUGUAUAUGUUACACUUACACAGUAUGUAUUUGUUGUGUAUAUAGUUUAUGACUACUGCAAAACUUGUUGGCCCCAUUGUCCCAUCAGAAGAAUGCAAGAACUGCAGUUGCUGAAAACAAAAGCUUGUAACAAAUAAAAGUGUUACA